GGUCAAGACUGAAGAAAGCCAAGUCAAGCCAGCCCGCGCCUGCCACCUUUUGGAGGGACAGCAAACUGCUAUAAUUUAAAGUAGUCACUCUUCUGAGCUACUCUCCUUUGCAUUUUAUUUAUUUAUUUAUUUUGUCAAACACGACAAUAUAUAUAAAUAUAAGCAUGAAAUAACCACACAAAAUGAAUACAAUCAAAGGGAACAUUAGGACAGGAACGGUAGGCACCCUGGUGCUCAGUGUAACUUAUUGCAUUGUCAGUCCUAUGCAGCAAUAAGACUACUACUACUAAGGAUAUGAAAGUUACUGAGCAGUUAAAUGAAAACAUACCUCCUGUGGCCCGCUGGAGCUCCCUAUGUUUACCUGAUAGGAAAUUCUAUGAUGAAGUUUAGAUCCGGGAAGCCGCGUUUAGGAUUGCAGCUCGAGGUCCCUUCGGACCUGAGAUGUUGAUCCAGACUGCAGAAUUCCGAAAAUCCACCAGAGGGCAGCAAUGAGGAAGAGGAUUGUUUCGAUUCCUUGCCAUCCAGCGUUAAUCCGGAGUUUGCAACCCAACAGCUCCCCAUGAGAGCAACAUCGUCCUCUGAUGAAUGCAAACUUUUUCUCCUCGUUGUCCUUGUCCCCAGAACGUGGCUCCAGUUUGUUUCUCUAGCAGAUCAGGUGGAAGUGGAAUGUCUAGGUAGCCUUGCAAAACUCAAGUUGAAUCCGAGUUAUUUCCAGAACAAGUAUGUCGUUUUUGCUGCCCUGGAUCGGUUUGGCAGAGCUUGGUCGAUUGAUGAGGUCCAGGCUAUGAAAUGUGGCUAUACCGUCUUCCAGGAUGCUUGGGGGAACAUCGAGUUCCGGGCCUCCUUGAUUGGCUGCUACACUCACAUAGUGGAUGAUCAGCAGUUCACAUUAACCAUACAAAUCCAGGUAGCAACAAACCCAGAGAUGCACACUGCAGCUUUGCUUAAUGUCCCUGUGAGUUGCUCGUAUGGCCCAUGGCAGUCCAGGGAAAUUGUCUGUGAGACAAACUAUAUGGAGGUCUCAGCAACAAGAAAUGUUCCCAGAAUCUCAGAUGGUUUUCUUCAAGAUCAGCCUGAAGACUGGGCAUCUGCUUUCUCAGAGGUCAAAACUGGAGCUCCCUCCAUUUGGCAAAUAGUCUUUCACAUGGGCUCUGAGAAGAGGUCGAUGCUGGUUGAAGAAGCUCAAGCUGCCGGUUAUGGGAUUAACAUGACAGAGACCAGGAUCGUGUUGCGAGCUCCCUACAGUACAUCUGAAGCUCAGAAAGUGGAAAUCAGUGGGAUCCCUUUUUCUUCUGUGAGAGCGAGUACCUACUACAAGCAGCAUGUGCUGCUCUUCAUAGUCGACACUGCCGUGGCCUGCCCUAUAGAUGGUAUAACCUACACCGAAGAAACAAUCACUUGGACUAUCCCAAAGCACAUUUUUCCUCUUCUAAUUAAAGCUGGUACAAUCAAAGAAUUGCACGUAGAGAUGGGGGUCGACUUAUACAAACUGUCAACUCAGGAUGUAAAAAGCCGAGGUUACAUGCUGGCCAGUAACAAGGAUGCCAUUAUAGUAAAGAUACCCAUUGGUGCACUGGGUGGUAACUACAAGAGUCACGUGGUUGAUGGAAAACUGAUGAUCACCUACACAAUCAACAUCUUUGUGGAGCAUUUGUGGGAAGAAGAAAAGAGAGGUACUACGAAGCAUCUUAUGCUGAAGAAGAUCAUCACACCUUUGCAGCAGGCACCUAUCAGGAUUACAGACUAUACAAAGAUAAAUCUCAUGCUCUUCAAUGCAACGGUUGGCUCCUUCUUGCCAGAUGUAGACCUGGUUGGUGUGACAGUGGGUCAUUCGGGGCCCUUGCCGUUGCCUAAGGCUGAGAAAUGGGGCUGCAAGAUCAUUGAAAUCAAACACCCCAACGGUAACAAAGAUUAUCUUGUGCAGAUAUCAUUCGAUAGUCCUGGAGUUGAGAAGGAGUAUGUGCCAGAACACUUUCGAAAUUAUACUACCAACCCUGUAUUGCAAUUCAUUGUGAUUCCUCAGGCAGAAAUCUUUGAAGUCCCAGUUCCCCUGUCUGCCUUGGUGAGGGAUGCAGUGCUGCCCCGUGCAGAAGGAUUCUGUGAUAAUGAAGCCCUCUAUUUAGUGGUGAAACGUGGCAACGUGGACCAGAAUUGGUUGCCCUUUGUAGGAAACACACCCCUAACCCAAGAGACUGCACAGACCCUUGAAUAUGGAUUGCAGGCCAAUCAAACUCAUCUGGUCCUGAGAGUGCCAAAGCUCGCCACUCAUGUGUUCCUUGAGGAAAUAAACCCCUUCGGGAUUGUGUCCACCUUCCAGUUGCAAUUUAAGGACCAUCUCAGUCAAACAGAAAUGAUUGAAUUUACCAUUUCCUGCAGCUUCUCUCUGAAAGAUCUAAUUGACUGCCAGCCUAACGGCACAAUUGUAGUCUCUGCUCGGACGUUGUUUGGCAUGCCAGACUUGGACCUCUCCAAUUUAGUGCUGAGAGACAAACGCUGCAAACCAGCUUCUGUGACAAAGGCAGGAGCAGUCUUCCUCUUCAGUGUAAACUCUUGUGGCACAACUCGCAAGUUUGAAAACACCAUCAUGACUUAUGAAAAUGAGGUCCUGUAUUUCCUCCCAGGCCAAGCAACGCCUGUUUACCAGUUGAAAUGUGCUUGCCAGUACUUCAUUGGAAAUACGCUGCUGUUCCAGUAUAUCCCUGCACAAGCACCAUCACCGACCAUACUGCCUGGGACUGGACGACUGGAACUUGCCCUUAACAUGGCCAGAGACCAGUCCUAUGGUGAUUUCUAUCAACGCACCGAGUAUCCAGUAAUCCGUUACCUGCGAGAGCCUCUCUACUUUCAGGUAGAACUUCUUCACAGCCAAGAUCCACAACUGGAGUUGUUUCUGGAGAACUGCUGGGCUACUGCAAAAUCUGACAGGAACAGUCUUCCACAGUGGCACAUAGUGAUUGACAGUUGUGAGAAUACAGCAGAUUCACAUCAGACCAUAUUCCAUGAUGUCCCCAACACUUCUGUCCGAUUCCCUACACACCUGAAGAGGUUUGAAGUGAAAAUGUUUACAUUUGUGGUGAAUAAUCAAGCUGUUCAAGGACAGAUCUACAUCCACUGUAGCGCAGUAAUCUGUGAUUCCACCCAGCUAUCUUCUGAUGCCCUUUGCAUCAGGUCCUGUAUUCCCAGAAAGCAAAGAACAGGCCGGAGCACUGAUUCCUUGAAUGAUAUCCAGGGCUACGUUUCAUCUGGAGCAAUUGUGAUAGGAAGGCGGAAUGAUUCCUGAACAUCUUAUAAAAAGACUGGAAUGGUGGCAAGAUGUAAUUUUUGAAGUAUUUAUUUCUAAGAGUUGCAGCUGUGUAUUAUGUAAUAAAAAGCCUACAAUAGGUAUAUUUGGAUAUCUUUGUGUUUUGUGUAAAUUUCUAGAGCAGUUUUAUUCAAACUUUUAGGGAUAGCGGGCACGUGUGGAAGUUUAGGGUUCUGAGGUCAUAAAACAUUGGUUGCAAGAAUACUUUUGUAAUGAUUAGUCACAAAAUACUCAUUUUAUAGAAAGGCAAACUAGUGAGGCUACAAAAUCUGAACACAUAAGAGGUGAAGAUCUGAUCUUGAACAUAUUCUAAAUUUCCCUUGCUUUAAGGCUUCCUGGUUUCCAUGAAAUGAAGUUGUAUCAAGCGUGCUCUGUUACAGGGAAAACCCAUCCUAAGUGAUGUGGGCUGUUACAGCAA